AUGCCCUUGAUCGCAGUAGGAAGGCUGGCGGGCGCGACACGUCGGGUGCCAAAGGCAGCCUCUAAUGAGCGAGCAGUUCCGGUCGGGCGGGAGAGGCCUCACCCUCUGCGGGGAAUAACGGGAAUAACGAGGCGGGCAGCGCCUGUGCAGGGCUACCGGCUGACCAACGCGGGCUAUGACUACCUCGCUUUGAAGGCCCUGUCUUCCCGGCAAGUCAUCGCUUCCAUUGGAAACCAGAUGGGCGUUGGUAAAGAAUCAGAUAUUUAUAUUGUUGCAAAUGAGGAGGAGCAACAGUUUGCACUGAAGCUGCACAGGCUUGGAAGAACUUCCUUUCGCAACCUUAAAAAUAAACGUGACUACCACAAGCACAGGCAUAAAAUGUCAUGGCUGUAUUUAUCCCGGCUAGCAGCAAUGAAGGAGUUUGCCUACAUGAAGGCUUUGCAUGACAGAAAGUUUCCUGUUCCAAAACCUGUGGACUACAACAGGCAUGCAGUAGUUAUGGAACUUAUUAGUGGUUACCCCUUAUGCCAAGUGCACCAAAUGGAAGAUCCUGCCUCUGUCUACAGUGAAUUGAUGGAUCUAAUUGUAAAACUUGCCAAUCAUGGUUUAAUCCAUGGUGAUUUCAAUGAGUUUAAUCUCAUAUUAGAUGAUGAUGACCGUGUCACCAUGAUUGAUUUCCCUCAGAUGAUAUCAACAUCACAUCCAAAUGCUGAAUGGUAUUUUGAUAGAGAUGUUAAAUGUAUUAAAGAGUUCUUUAAGAAACGUUUCAACUACGAGACACAGUGUUUUCACGUAUCAAAAGAAACCUAUUUGUACUUCUUCCUCAGGAGAGAGUGUUCUCUUGACAUCGAGAUUGCUGCCAGUGGCUAUACAAAAGAAAUGCAGGAAGAUGAUGAACUGCUUUACCCCGCAGGUCCUGAUGGGGAGGGUCAUGAAACAGGCGUGUCAGAAUUUGUAGAAGGUCCUGAGUCUACGCUCAACCUUCUCAGCUCAGAUAAAGAUGGCAGUGGAGACCUGAAUGAAGUGGAUGAUUUCCCUGAAAGCAGCUCCUCUAAAGGCUUGAUGAAUUGCAGUGAAGAGUCUGAUAUGACUGAAAGUAGUGAAAAUACAGAGAGGCUGAGUAUGUCCCAGUUAAGUUAUGCCUUAGAACAAGUUGAAGAGCAGCCUACCCUUUGGAACAAUAAUGAUGCAGAGAGUUCUGUAAUUGAUUUUACUGAGGAAAAAAGGAUAACUGAAAAUGCUGCCGAAGUUCAAAAUCAGACAGGUGCAGGAGAAGGCCCUGGUGACAAGGACAAUGAAGACGAAUGCCCUGAGCUGGUUGACUUGUCAACAUUAAACAAGCAAUUCAGGCCUUACAGAAAUGAAGAGAGUAUGAGUCACAUUAAUGAGCACAGAACCCGGACUAAAAGUAUCACAUCAGUCAGCAGUGUUGGGAGCUGUUCAACCAUUCCACCGGAACUGGUGAAACAGAAGAUAAAACGGCAGCUGACCAAGCAACAGAAGGCUGUUCAGCGGAGGCUGCAGAAAGGAGAGGCCAAUAUUUACACCAAACAGCGUCGAGAAAAUAUGCAAAACAUUAAGUCAAGUUUGGAUGCAGCUAGUUUCUGGGGAUAAUUUAUGAAAACUUCCUUUAG